CAUCCCUCAAAACUCUCUCUCUUCCUCCAUUUUCAAUCAAUCCUCUUCCCAAAAAUAUAAAAACAACCCUGAACCCUAGAGAAUCACAAUAAACUGUUUCAGAAUCAAACCCAAAAAAACUAGCCGUUAAGCUCAUCAAACAAGAGAGAUAAUCAAGGCAAGAGCCUCUGCUCCCUUAUUGCAUCCACCUGACAUUUGUGUCUCUCUCUCUCUUCCAGGUAUUCACGUGCUCUUUCUUCUUCUUUCUUCACUGAAAAACCUCAUUUCUUAUAGACCUCUCUACAUAACCCUUUCUUCUUCCUCUGCUUCCAUUCUCCUUUUCCCUAUGCUCUUUUCAUCCUCUUUCACCUUUCUCUCUGCUCUUCUUUAGUUUUUCUAUGGGUAAAACUCAAACUCCAUUUGAUUUCAACUCUUUUUCGAGAUACCCAUUUGGGGAUUUUGGGGUUUUCUUUACCCUGUGUCUUGAUGUGCUCUGUUUUUCACCUAAGAAGAAGGAGAAAUGGAAGAAUCUGAGACAAAACCCUAACGUGUUUGUUUUGUUGCUUUUGUUGCUUAAUUUGGUUCCUGUUCUGAGUCAGGAUUGGGAUGGUGUGGUUGUGACUCAAGCUGAUUUCCAAUCCCUUCAGGCAUUUAAGCAAGAGCUUGAUGAUCCCAAAGGGUUUUUGAAGAGUUGGAAUGAUAGUGGAUUUGGGGCUUGUUCUGGUGGUUGGGCUGGGAUUAAAUGUGCCAAGGGACAAGUUAUUGUAAUACAGCUUCCAUGGAAGGGAUUAGGAGGUAGAAUCACUGAGAAGAUUGGCCAACUUCAAGCACUUAGGAAGCUUAGUUUACAUGAUAACUCUAUUGGUGGAUCAAUCCCUUCUUCAUUGGGGCUUCUUCCAAAUCUUAGAGGGGUUCAGUUAUUCAAUAAUCGACUUUCGGGUUCGAUUCCGGCUUCAUUGGGACUUUGUCCCGUACUUCAAACACUUCACAUUAGUAACAAUUUGCUCACUGGAACAAUACCACCUACUUUGGCUAACUCCACCAAGCUUUAUUGGCUUAACUUGAGCUUGAACUCGCUUUCGGGUCCGAUUCCAACUACUCUUACUCGUUCGGUGUCCCUUACUUUCCUUGACCUUCAACAUAACAAUCUCUCAGGCAGCAUUCCAGACUCUUGGGGUGGUGACGAGCAAAACCGUGUGUUUCAGCUCAAGUCUCUGACUCUUGAUGGCAAUCUCCUCUCAGGUACCAUACCAACUUCUUUAAGUAAGUUAAGUGAGCUUCAAGUGAUUUCCCUUAGCCACAAUAGGUUAAAUGGUGGCAUUCCUGAAGAAAUUAGUAGGCUUUCUCUGCUCAAAACAUUGGAUGUUUCUAAUAAUUUCCUUAAUGGAAGUAUGCCCCAAAGUUUUGAUAGAUUGAGAAACCUCUCUAUACUCAACUUGAGUAGAAACAGAUUCAAUGGUCAAAUUCCUGAAACUUUAGGGAACGUUUCAACACUUAAACAACUUGAUUUAUCUCAGAACAAUCUAAGUGGAGAAAUUCCAGCUUCCCUUGCUGAUUUGCAAGGUCUUCAAUCCUUAAAUGUCUCAUACAACAACCUUUCGGGUUCGGUUCCUCGAGCUCUCGCUGAAAAAUUCAAUGCAAGUUCCUUUGUUGGGAACCUUCAGCUCUGUGGGUUCAGUGGUUCAAUUCUGUGCCCGUCCCCAGCCCCUUCUCAAGAAGCUCCUGCUCCUCCACCAGAAAGUUCGACAACCCGACAUCGGAAGUUAAGUACUAAAGAUAUAAUCCUCAUAGCAGCAGGAGCCCUCCUUCUGGUAUUGGUUAUAGUUUUCUUUAUAUUGCUCUGCUGCUUGAUAAGGAAAAGGGCUGCUUCAAAAGGGAAGGAUGGUGGUGAAGCUGGAGCAGCUGGGGCUGCGAGGGCCGAGAAGGGCGUCCCCCCGACUAGCAGUGAAGUUGAAGCGGCUGGAGGUGGGGAUGCUGGUGGGAAGCUCGUCCAUUUCGACGGGCAAACGGUCUUCACAGCAGAUGAUCUUUUGUGUGCAACAGCAGAAAUAAUGGGAAAGAGUACUUAUGGGACUGUUUACAAGGCCACGUUGGAGGAUGGAAAUCAAGUUGCGGUGAAGAGAUUGAGAGAGAAAAUCACUAAAAGCCAAAAGGAAUUUGAAGCAGAGGUCAACAUACUUGGCAAGAUCAGACAUCCAAAUCUAUUAGCUUUAAGAGCUUAUUACUUGGGACCCAAAGGAGAGAAGCUUCUCGUUUUCGAUUAUAUGCCGAAUGGAAGUCUCGCGACGUUCCUGCAUGCUCGUGGACCGGACACGUCCAUCGAUUGGCCAACAAGGAUGAAGAUAGCUCAGGGUAUGACACGUGGCCUGUGUCACCUUCACACGCACGAGAACAGCAUCCAUGGAAACCUGACAUCAAGCAACAUUCUACUAGAUGAGUACAUAAACGCUAAGAUUGCAGAUUUUGGCUUGUCAAGGUUGAUGACAGCAGCUGCAAGCUCAAAUGUAAUAGCAACAGCCGGGGCACUUGGGUACCGAGCACCAGAACUCUCAAAGUUGAAGAAAGCAAACACAAAAACCGAUAUUUACAGCCUUGGAGUCAUCAUAUUGGAACUCUUGACUGGUAAGUCCCCCGGUGAAGCCAUGAACGGAGUUGAUUUACCUCAAUGGGUCGCAUCGAUAGUCAAAGAGGAGUGGACUAAUGAAGUUUUUGAUUUGGAACUGAUGAGAGAUGCAUCUACCAUUGGAGAUGAGUUACUAAACACUCUGAAACUCGCUUUGCAUUGUGUCGACCCUUCACCGUCAGCGAGACCGGAAGUUCAACAAGUUUUGCAACAACUGGAAGAGAUAAGGCCAGAAACUGCUCCAAGUUCUGGGGAUGAUGGAAUAGGAAUAGGAGGAGGAGGAGGAGGAGCCCCUUCAACAAGUGAGUGAAAAGAAAAGGGCUUGUAGUGUAGAAUUUAAGUGUGUGAUUCUUUUAAUUCUUUUAAGGGUGUUUUUGUCUUAGAAUUUAAUGUAGUUGGCCUCUCAAGAGAAAAACAAAGAGCUCAUAUUUUGUUUUAAGGCCAAUUUUUUUUUCUACUUUGACAAGUAAAAUGACUAGAACUCUAGUUAUGUUAGUUUUCCAUAUCUGCUGGGUAUUAGUUAUAUAAGUUUAAUAACAACAGUUCGCUUCCUUGUAAA